ACAGACGAGACACUCCGCGCCACAGUGUUGCCUCGCCUCGUCUAGGUAGCAUCUCUUCCUCCUCCUCUUCCUCCUCCUCCUCCUCUUGCUCUUCCUCCUCCUCCUCCUGCUCCUUCUGCCCCUCGUCGCCUUCGUUGCUUCCUCUUUACUCUACAAAAUUAAUACACGAGGAAAGUCGACGUUCCAAAUACACUCUUGAAAAAAAAAGGAAAAAAAAAGGGAAAAGAAAUGAAAAACAAAAUUGAAAAGUUGAGAAAAUGAUAAGAAAUGAGGAUAAUAUUACGGAAUAAGAAACAAAAGUGACACUAAUAAUAAAGGAAGAGAAAAGAAAAAGAGGAAAGAAAGAAAUAAGUAUAUACGACAGUAAUUGGCUUUGAGUCUUAAGUGUGCAUGUGCGUCUGUGCGUGCGUGUGCGUGUGUCUGUGCGUGUGUGUGCGACUCCCUCGCUGUACACACUACCGCACCAUCGAUACCAGAAAAAAAAAAAAAACAUGAAAACCCAAAUAAAAAUGGCGUGAAUUGAAAAACAAAACAAACAAACAAAAAACAAAAAAAAAAAAAACAGGGAGGUGCUGUCGACGUGUACUAAGUGAGCUGAGAACUUAGGUGCUUAAAAUAGAACCUUACCGUGUGCUGAGAACCUCCCGAGUGCUUAGAAUUUGAGUCAAGAACCAAAGGAAAGAAAAGGAAGGAGAAUUUCACAUAUGCUGGAAACUAAAAUUCGGAAAAAAAUAGAAAAUGGAGAAGAAAAACGGUAACAUGGAGGACUCAAAGACAGGAAUGCAGGGAGGAAAAGGAUCAGGACAGAAGCAAGGGCAGGGGUCAGUGGAGGGCGUCAUCAUCACUACUUCCACCACCAAAGGCACCCUCGCCACCAGCAGUGCCAGCAAAGGAAGCAAGAGUCCCCCCCACUCCCACCAGCGCCGCAAUGACCAGAGUGGCAGCGAGAACUCCGUGGUGGUGGAGAGCGAGGAGGAGCAGCUGGUGUACUCUUGGCAUAAAGUCAACGUGUUUACCACCCUGAAAUCAGUGCAGGGCUCCGGCUGGUUCAAGAGGAAGACCAAGGAGUCGAGAGAGAAGCACAUUUUGAAGGACGUGACGGGGGUGUGUCGUCCCGGGGAGCUGCUGGCCAUCAUGGGGGCGUCAGGGGCAGGCAAGACGACCCUCCUCAACGUUCUCACGCACCGUAACAACGACAAACUGCGCAUCACCGGCGACCUCUUCGUGAACGGCCGCCGCGUGGACCCUGACACCCUGACCAGCCGCUCCGCCUACGUGCAGCAGGACGACCUCUUCAUCGGCCUCAUCACCGUCAGGGAGCAGCUCAUUUUCCAGGCCAUGGUGCGAAUGGACCGUCACCUGACCUACUACCAACGCAUGAGCCGAGUGGACGAGGUCAUCAGCGAGCUGGGCCUGACGAAGUGCGCGGACACCAAAAUCGGAGUACCCGGCAGGAUUAAGGGAAUAUCUGGCGGUGAGAUGAAGAGACUGGCCUUUGCUUGUGAGGUACUGACUAACCCUCCCUUGAUGUUAUGUGACGAGCCAACCUCCGGCCUGGACUCCUUCAUGGCUCAGAACGUGGUGGCCGUGAUGAAGAACAUGGCAGAGAGAGGCAAGACAAUUAUAUCCACCAUUCACCAGCCUAGCUCAGAGGUGUACGCCAUGUUUGACCGUGUCCUCCUUAUGGCAGAGGGCAGAGUGGCUUUCCUUGGGGAGGUGGAUGCUGCCUAUGAGUUUUUCAGCAGGAUCAACAUGCCUUGCCCUCCGAACUACAAUCCCGCAGACUUCUUCAUCUCCACCCUCGCCGUGCAGCCUGGGAAGGAGGACGGCUGCAGGAAGGCCAUCAACAUGAUCUGCGACGAGUUUACCAAGUCAGAGGAAGGAGUCAACAUUGAAAAGGCCGUUAAGGAAAACUCCACUGAGGGCGAGCAGGCAGAGGGUUACGACAGCCUAGUGGACGUGGAGGUUAAAAAGUCACCUUACAAAGCCUCGUGGUGGUGUCAGUUUCGCACCGUCCUGUGGCGCUCCUGGCUCGAGGUGAUCCGCGAACCCAUGCUUAUCAAGGUUCGCUUCUUCCAGGUGAUGGCCAUCGCUCUGCUCAUCGGCAUCAUCUACUUCAGACAACAGCUCACUCAGGAGGGCGUCACCAAUAUCAACGGUGCGCUUUUCCUUCUCCUCACUAACAUGACCUUCCAGAACGUCUUCGGUGUGAUCAAUACCUUUUGCGCACAGUUGCCGCUCUUUCUUCGCGAGCAUUUCAACGGCAUGUACCGCACGGAUGUAUACUUCCUGUCCAAGAUGGUGUCCGAGCUGCCCUUCCACAUCUUCUACCCCUUUGCCUUCGUCGCCAUCGCCUACUACAUGGUUGGGUUUACUAAUGAUGUGGUGGACUUCUUUAUCUGCGCAACUGUUGUCAUUCUUGUGGCCAACUGCGCUGUCUCCUUCGGGUACAUGAUCUCGUGUAUGUCCAAGAACCUCAGCAUCGCUCUGGCCAUCGCCUCUCCUCUUAUCAUCCCCCUCAUGCUCUUCGGCGGGUUCUUCCUCAACAGCGGCUCGACGCCCGUGUACCUGACGUGGCUGAAGUACCUAUCGUGGUUCAGCUACGGCAAUGAGGCUCUGCUCCUGAACCAGUGGGCUGACGUGAAGAGCAUCGCGUGCAGGGCUAACGAGACUUGCUACCCUGAUGGCCACGCUGUUCUCUCCUUCCUUCACUACGAGAGCGGCACAAUAGCGGCCAACAUAGCAAGCUUAGUGGCCCUCCUAGUGGGUUACCGCGCCUUGGCCUUCUGCGCGCUACUCGGGAAGACCUAUAGAAAGCAGUAAUGGUAGUGGGGUACUAGUAGUGGUGGUAGUGGUGGUGGAAAGACCGAGGUGCUGUCUGAGAAGUGAUGUUUGUUCCUCUCCUGGUGUCUAUGUUAAGUGUCUCUCUCUCUCUCUCCUUGAGUUUUUAAAAGUGUUUCUCAUCUACUUUUCUCAGUCUGUCUUCGCGAGAUUGUUCUGUUCUCUGGUUUUUUAAGAGUGUUUCUCGUCUGUUGACCUACUUCUCUCAGUCUGUCUUAUUCUGUUGACUGGUGUAAUGCAUAAAUUGUUGAUUCCUCUCUUCCGUAUCAUUUACUCCGUUUUCAGAAGUGAUCAUUGUUUCUCUAGAUGACUAUGAGAUAUUUUGACCUUGGGUUAUAUAUUUUUUACCUCUCUUCUGUCUCAACAUGUCUUCUACUCACCGUUAAUUGAUUUAUUGCGUAUAUGAUUGAUCGUUUUCUAUUUAUGUAUCGUUUUGCUCAAUUUUCAAGCAUUUUCUUACUCUGUAACCUUUUUUUUUAUAUUUACAUGGAGUUUAUCAUGUCUUUUCACACAGGUAUUCCGGUAGUACGUAUGUUGCCAUGUCUAGAAACUAGUUAGAUCAUUUCAGUUUAGUCUUAUUCGUAAGUUGGUUUUAGUCAUUGUUAUUUUCUAUCUUCAAAGUUUCACCGGCAUUUCCACGGAGGCUUUUUGUCAGUGUCGUGCUUACGUCUUCAGAUUCUCGAACGCCUGCGUCACUCCUUGCAGCUUUUGGUCGUGAGCGCGUGCUGUGUCUGGCCAGAGGAAGGCGUUCGUUGCCACGGUUUCUUGAAGGAAAGUUUUCGGAAAGGUUAAGGAUCUAGACUUCCAUAAACACUAAUAUCAUGCAGAACCACUUUUUUUUUUGUGUGUGUGUCCUGCAGGUUGCCAGUUAGCGUACCUGCCUUGUCUACCUGACCUUUCUAUUGAUAAGUGUUGACACUGCCAUUAAAAUAUGUGCCUUCUGUUUG